GAAUGAUUGACGUUGGAAGGUUACAGGACAAUAACCCAAAGAAAAUGCCAACUCACCUCUCCUGUAAUAAUAUUGAAGUCUGUGGGGACCAGUCCAACCCAGCUACUAGUCUACAGCUAAGAGUAGAGGGAAUGCACUGCAAAUCUUGUGUCUUGAAUAUUGAAAGAAAUAUAGCUGGACUGUCAGGUGUGCAAAAUAUUAAAGUAUCUCUAGAAAACAAAAGUGCAGAUGUUCACUUUUACCCAGCCUAUGUCACCCCACUAUCCUUGAAGCAAGCCAUUAAGGCUCUCCCACCUGGGAAUUUCAAAGUGACUCUUCCUAAAGAAGCAGAAGGUAGUGGGUUGGAGAAUUCAUUAGACAAGUUGUCUUCAAAACUUCCUCUUUCUACAGGAUCCCAAGGAAACCAAGCAGAGAGAAUGAGGACUACCGUUGUGAUUGGCAUUGAGGGCAUGACCUGUGCUUCCUGUGUGCAGUCUAUUGAGAACUUACUAUCCCAAAGGGAAGGGGUAGGGAAAGUUUCAGUCUCUUUAGCUGAACGGAUUGGAACGAUCCAUUAUAAUACCUCAGUAGUGAGCCCUGAAGAGCUAAAAGCUGCUAUUGAAGACAUGGGAUUUGAGGCAUUCAUUGAAGAAAUUGAUGUUAAGGGGUGUCACAAAAGAAACAUCUUGGGCCACUCUCCAAAGCCCUUUCCCUCAGAAUACCCACUUCACCCUAAGGCAGUGCCCUCAGAAAAAUGCUUUUUAUGUAUAACAGGCAUGACGUGUGCAUCCUGUGUCUCCAACAUAGAAAGAAAUCUACUGAAAGAAGAUGGUAUACUUUCGGUUCUGGUUGCUCUAAUGGCUGGAAAAGCAGAGGUCAAGUAUAAUCCACAAACCAUCCAGCCUCUUGAAAUAGCUCAGCUUGUCCAGAACUUGGGCUUUGAAGCUAUAAUAAUGGAAGAUUAUACUGGCUCAGAUGGCAACAUCGAGCUGAUUGUCACAGGAAUGACCUGUGCUUCAUGUGUUUAUAAUAUUGAAUCCAAGCUGACCAAAACCAAUGGCAUUCUCUAUGCCUCUGUGGCCCUUGCUACUAGCAAGGCUCACAUCAGGUUUGAUCCUGAAAUCGUGGGUCCUCGGGAUAUUAUAAAAAUUAUUGAGGGAAUCGGCUUUCAUGCUUCCCUGGCUCAGAAAAAUCCCAAUGGUCAUCAUUUGGAUCACAAGAACGAAAUCAAACAAUGGAAGAAGUCUUUCCUGUCCAGUCUGGUGUUUGGCAUCCCUGUCUUGUGCUUGAUGAUUUACAUGUUGAUACCUAGCAGCCAGCCUCACAAGUCCAUGGUAUUGGAGCACAACCUCAUCCCUGGAUUAUCUGUCUUAAAUCUCGUCUUCUUUGUGCUGUGCACUUUUGUCCAGUUCCUAGGUGGAUGGUAUUUCUAUGUCCAGGCCUACAAGUCAUUGAAACACAGGACGGCCAACAUGGAUGUGCUCAUUGUGCUGGCCACAAGCAUUGCUUAUGCCUACUCUCUUGUGAUCCUGGUGGUAGCCAUUGCUGAACAGGCAGAGAAGAGUCCUGUCACCUUCUUUGAUACACCUCCCAUGCUUUUUGUAUUCAUUGCCCUGGGGAGGUGGUUGGAACAUGUGGCAAAGAGCAAAACAUCUGAAGCCCUUGCGAAACUAAUGUCUCUUCAAGCCACAGAAGCUACUGUUGUGACAUUAGAUGAUGACAACCUAAUCAUCAGGGAGGAACAAGUGCCUAUAGAGCUGGUCCAACGGAAUGAUGUGAUCAAGGUAGUCCCUGGGGGAAAGUUCCCAGUGGAUGGAAAAGUCCUAGAAGGCAGCACCAUGGCAGAUGAGUCCCUCAUCACAGGAGAAGCAAUGCCGGUCACUAAAAAACCAGGGAGCACAGUGAUUGGCGGUUCAAUCAAUACACAUGGUUCGGUGCUAGUUACUGCCACUCAUGUUGGGUCUGACACCACAUUGGCACAAAUUGUGAAACUGGUAGAGGAAGCUCAAAUGUCAAAGGCACCCAUUCAGCAACUGGCUGACAAAUUUAGUGGAUAUUUUGUCCCAUUCAUCAUCCUCACUUCAACUGUGACAUUGGUGGUAUGGAUUGUAAUCGGUUUUAUCGAUUUUGGUGUUGUUGAAAAAUACUUUCCUAGUGCUAACAAACAUAUCUCCCAGACAGAAGUGAUCAUUCGGUUUGCAUUCCAGACGUCCAUCACAGUAUUGUGUAUUGCCUGUCCUUGUUCUCUGGGCUUGGCUACACCAACAGCAGUAAUGGUUGGAACAGGGGUGGCUGCCCAAAAUGGGAUUCUCAUCAAAGGAGGAAAGCCCCUCGAAAUGGCACACAGGAUCAAGACAGUGAUGUUUGACAAAACUGGAACCAUCACCUAUGGUGUCCCCAAAGUCAUGAGAGUUCUUCUGCUGGUCGAUAUGGUUUCCUUACCCUUGAAGAAAGUUCUGGCUGUGCUUGGGACUGCUGAAGCUAGCAGUGAGCAUCCCCUGGGUGUGGCUGUCACUAAGUACUGCAAAGAGGAACUUGGAACUGAAACCCUAGGAUACUGCAUGGACUUCCAAGCUGUCCCAGGGUGUGGAAUUGGCUGUAAAGUCAGCAAUGUGGAAGCCAUCCUGGGUCGGAGCAAAGACCCUUUAAAUGAACAGAGAAGUCGUCUGAAUGGUAUUGGCAGCUUUCCCACUGAAAAAGGUGCAGCAGCAUCCCAGACCUACUCUGUGCUGAUUGGGAACCGGGAAUGGAUGCGACGAAAUGGUUUGACUAUAUCCACUGAUGUCAGUGACGCCAUGACAAACCACGAAAUGAAGGGGCAGACCGCCAUAUUGGUGGCUAUUGAUGGUGUGCUCUGUGGGAUGGUGGCCAUAGCAGAUUCUGUCAAGCAAGAGGCAGCAUUGGCUGUCCAUAUCCUUAAAAGUAUGGGUGUGGAUGUCGUUCUGAUAACUGGAGACAACAGGAAAACUGCAAAAGCCAUCGCCACACAGGUGGGCAUUAACAGAGUAUUUGCAGAGGUCCUCCCCUCUCACAAAGUGGCCAAGAUCCAGGAGCUUCAAAACCAAGGGAAGGAAGUGGCCAUGGUAGGAGAUGGAGUGAAUGACUCUCCAGCCUUGGCGAGGGCCGAUGUCGGCAUUGCCAUCGGCACAGGGACAGAUGUGGCUAUCGAAGCCGCUGAUGUCGUCCUCAUUAGGAACGAUUUGCUAGAUGUGGUUGCUAGCAUUCAUCUUUCCAGGAGGACUGUCUGGAGAAUACGGAUAAACCUGAUCUUGGCCUUGAUUUAUAACCUAGUUGGGAUACCCAUCGCAGCAGGUGUGUUCAUGCCCCUUGGCAUUGUGCUGCAGCCCUGGAUGGGAUCCGCUGCCAUGGCCGCCUCCUCCGUGUCUGUGGUACUCUCCUCACUUCAGCUGAAGUGUUACAAGAAACCAGAUAUGGAAAAGUAUGAAGCCCAAGCCCAUGGCCGCAUGAAGCCCCUUACUCCCUCCCAGGUGAGCGUUCACAUUGGGAUGGAUGACCGGCGAAGGGACAAGGUCGCCCCGUGGGACCAGGUCAGCAACAUCAGCCAGGUGUCACUGUCCUCCCUGAUGUCGGAUUGGGGCUCUCAGGAUAGCAUCCUGGGAGCGGAUGGAGGGGACAAAUGGUCACUGCUCCCGGAUGAUCGCGGCAACGAAUAGUCCAUCUGAAAGCCGGCAGCUGUCGCAGAGCAUCGGCAGCGCGAUCAGGGUGCCGUGUUUCUCAGGAGAUCCAUGAGUUCCUACACAUAUAAAAGGAGGGGGAGAGGAAUUCUUUUGCUUCAGCUCAGCUAAAUAACUAUAGCAUCAUUUCUCCUUUGUUGGGAUGAACUGAAAUCUCUGGCAUUGGGAGCAGUUCUGAUACACUUAUUUUUGGCAACCUACGGCUUUUCCCAGAAACAAUUUUGGGCCUAGGGAAAGAGUUCUGGCCCAUGGCAACCGUCUUCAACACUGAUUUGGAAUACAUAGGGAGAAAACCUUCAGCCUCCACCAUUUCAUCAAGUCUGUUUUUGGAGAAGGAAAAACAAUCCCCUACAAAUGGGAGGAAAGCCAGUGUUCCUGGGGUUUCCCUUUUAUCAUUUGGUAUGAAUAGUAGUAGUAAAAUGUGGGAACUUACACUAGGACUAAAAAGCUGGCCAAGCUUUUCUGUAGAGUCUAUGUAAAAACUUCACAUAUCAUAUUUUUCAUUAAUGCAAGUCUUUAUGUUUAUCAUAUUGUUGAGUGUUGGAAUCUUUACAAACUGCUAAUUCAUUAGAGUUGAUAGAUUAUUGAUCUGAUCUUACAAGAAGAAGUUUUGGGCUAGAACCUGAAACAAGAUACUAAGCAGAACUAAUUGAUACAAUGCUUGUGUUUGCACCUUUACUCAUUGGAGUUCACACGUUUGGGAAAUUUCAGGGUUUUAGUAUGAGAUAUCUGAAUUUACACCUCCCUUGAAGUUCUUAGGGCCAGAGAGCACUAUGGGAGAAAACCCCAAAUCCCUCUCUCUCAUAUCCCACAAUUCCUCUCUCUCGUAUAAAAGAAGCAGACAGAGGCUCUCGGACAGAUUUCAGCUGAAUUACGCCAUAAGCCCUCUCCCCCAAGCAGUUAGCCUGUCUGGUCCCUUCCAUUCACCACUUUCUGGAUCUCUCCACAUCACCUGGUGAUUAUCUAAAGAUAGUGGAGCUGCUCGCACUGGACACUGCUCUUCUGAUCGGUUAUAAAACCUUUCUGCUGGAGCCAGUGCAUCUUUAUCAAAGAUUAAAAAAUUAAUGGUAUAGAGAACUAAAUUUAGAAGUUCUCUAGGGUUACCUGUUGCUCAAGGGAGGUAUGAAUUCACAAAGUUACACAGUUAACUUUGUGAAUCUCUCAUACUUGUGAACUCCAGUGAGUAAAGGUGUGAACACAAGCAUUGUAUCAAUUAGUUCUACUUAGUACCUUGUUUCAGGUUCUGGCCCAAAACGUCUUCUUGUAAGAUCAGAUCAAUAAUCUAUCAACUCUAAUGAGUUAGAAGUUUGUAAAGAUUCCAACAGUUGAGAACACAGUUUACCUCAAAAUGUCAUUUUCUAACAGCACGUGACCUCUUUUUCAAUUCUCAUCUCUCCUCCCCCUCCGCUCAUCACCCCUUUCCCUCUCCGGCUCUCUUCUUUCCCAAUGCUUAUAUUCUCUUAAUUUGUGGUCAUGAGCCUUUGGUCCUUUGUUCCCUACUUCUGGAAUCCCUGUAUCUGCUACAGUCUGUUCUGUCUCCUUUCUGAUGUUUCUCCAUUCUGACUUGACAAGUGUACUUCCUGGCUGAGGUGGUGCAUUCAUACAUAUGUGCCAGAUGGCUUUGGGUGAUGAGGAAUGCUUUUGUCACCUAAGGCCCCUCAAUCAUUGCUUCUCACUGCAGAGGAGUGGGGUGCAUUGUUAUGUAGCAGCAAGUGCUGCUGGGAACCUGAGAUUUUAAAGCAAAUUAAUAUCCUCUUUUUCUAGAGGUUGUAGGGCCCUGUAAAAGGGCAUAGUGGUGCCAUUCUCCUAAGCCCAAGACCCUUUUAUGGUGCUUGUGAUUGGCAAGCAGUAGGGUGAAGAGGGAAGAAGAAAUGAACAUUUUCUGUUGAAAACAAUGACUCAAAGUCACUGUUUAGGAAACCUUAAUAAAUCAUAGCCUCCUCAGCUAUUUCAUGGUCUGUGGUAGACCUACAUCAGCCCUGCCAAAAAUAGGAGGAAAGUAUUCUGGGAGAGUGAGAGACAACUGGACCCUCUCAAAUAAAAAAUGCACAUUUUUUUUCUAUUCAACAGCUACUGGCAAAUGGCAUCCAUAUCAAGAAGGCAGAUGGAUCUUGUUUUAUUGUCUAAGUUAAUUUCCUACAGCUGAUAAUUGAAGGAACCAUAUGGAAGUGGGCUGGUGGAAGGACUCCACUGGUGGAAAUAGUUAUGUGGAUCCUUUAGAGAGUGAAAUUGGAAGAUUUGAAAGAAUAAAAGGCCAUGACUAAAAGAUAGUGUGCUAUUUCAAGCCAUGAUCAAUAUUUGCCACCAAAAAACCAUUUUCAAAUGAAAAAAAAUUUACACUCUAAUUUAUGGGAAUAUGUGUGCUAUAUAAAUAAAUAUUAGUUGCACUGACAUUGAAUUGAGUUCAAAAUGGGAGUUUCAUCUGUUCAUAGGAAGCUUAAUUUUUUCCAUGUUAUGGGCUACUUUAUUUCCUUGGAGUUUUUUCCUCUGAAAUCCAGUUCUAUUUUGUUGCCUGUCCCUUUUAUCCUUUUUCAUUGUUUUCCUUUUUCACUAUUGCCUCUCCUCAGUAAAAAUGUCCACUUUUCUAGGUUAAUAAUGACAUCAUGAUGAUAAUUCUGUUGAUUUUAAAAAGCUUUAAAAACCUUAAAUGCCUUGUUUAUAUACACAUGAAAAUAUGUAAUUGUUAAAAGAAAAAGACCUCACAAAUGUGCAAUAGCUGAAGGAUUAUUUUGGGGCUGAGAGAAUGUUUACUAUUUUUGAAAUACUUAGCAUGCAACCUUAAAAUAAAGUUGUUAGCUUCUUUCCAUUUCCAAAA